ACAUUGACGUGAUUGUCAAUUUUUUUAUUUUAAAUCGUCUUAGAAGUUAAAAAAUAAUCAUGCAGCUGUUAGCUACUAAAAUGUAGCUCAGUGUCUGGGUUUGGUGACCUGAUCCUAAAAUAGAAAUAGCUUUCAAUAAUAGGUAUCAAAAUUUCGAAAGCAAUAAUCUUUUAAAACUAUUAAACGAAGAACGACACUAAUUUCAUAGAAGAAUCUUCCAAAAUGGGCAGCCGAAAUAGAUUACAAGAGAUUAACCAUGAACUUAAAAAAAUUUUUACAUGGAAUUAUUUAAAAGGAUUAGUGGUGAAUCCGGCGCAAUUGCCUUUUAUGGCUUUUCUUAUAAUAGUAGCCGAGUUAAUCCUUAAUGUACUGAUAGUAGAAAAAGUGCCUUAUACAGAAAUAGAUUGGAAAGCGUAUAUGCAAGAGUGUGAAGGAUUUCUAAAUGGAACACUUGAUUACAGCAAACUUCGAGGAGAUACUGGACCAUUAGUUUAUCCAGCAGGUUUCGUCUAUAUAUAUUCUUUAUUUUAUUUUCUUACAGAAAAAGGUAAUAACAUAAAAUUAGCUCAAUACAUUUUUAUAGGGGUCUAUAUAUUAUUACUUAGUUUAGUUCUUAGAAUUUACAUCAAAACUAAAAAAGUGCCUCCAUAUGUUCUUGCUAUUACAAUAUUAACUUCAUAUAGAAUCCAUUCUAUUCACAUUCUACGUAUGUUUAAUGAUCCAGUAGCUGUUCUUUUCUUAUACAUAUCUAUUAAUUUCUUUCUCGAUUCAAAAUGGUACUUGGGUAGUAUUUUUUACAGUUUGGCAGUUUCAAUAAAGAUGAACAUUCUUUUGUAUGCUCCUGCUUUAUUUUUCUUUUAUUUAAUAAACCUCGGACUCAAGGAUACCAUAAAACAAUUAUUUACAUGUGGUAUGAUACAAUUCGUUUUAGGAUUGCCCUUCUUAAUAGUAAAUCCUGUAGCAUAUAUCAAAGGUAGUUUUGAUUUGGGUAGAGUAUUUAAUCACACAUGGACAGUUAAUUAUAGAUUUUUAGAUAUUAAAUUAUUUGAAAGUGUCUACUUUCAUCUGACAUUGUUGUCUAUACAUAUCAUGCUUUUGUUAAUAUGUUUGCCCAUGUGUAUUAAAUAUUUUCAAAGUUAUUGCCGUUUGAAAUUUGUACAAAAACAAGUGCAACCACAAAUCGAGGCAAAGAAUAAAGAAAGAAAAUCUAAGUUGAAAAAAGACAUUAAAAUGAAGAUUAAUUCAAACAUUGACAAAGAAGAAAAGCUUUCUAAGGAACAAGAACAAUUUAUAAAUUCAUUUGAAAUGAUGCUUCAGAAGUCUUCACAAAAAAGUGGCAAUAAGAUAUCUAAGAAGAUUGUUAAUAAUGAGAGUGAAAAGGCUUACAGCAUAAACUUCGACAUUUUAUCGCAAUUGUUUGUCCUUCCAAUGUUUUUAGUAAAUUUUAUAGGCAUUGUAUGUGCUCGGAGUUUACAUUAUCAAUUUUAUUCAUGGUAUUUCCAUACAUUACCAUAUCUGUUAUGGUGUACUAAUUAUACUAUAAUUAUCAGAUUUUUAAUAUUAGCUCUUAUAGAAUUCUGUUGGAAUACUUAUCCAAGUACUGAUAUAACUAGUGCAAUGUUACAUGUAUGUCAUAUUAGUAUUUUGUAUGGAGUUUGUAAAAAAAUGUCUACAGAAUUAAAAAUGGCAUCCAAAAUACAAUGACAAUGUACAAUUCACAGAUAAUAUGCUAAAUGUGUAUAAUAUUUUUAAUAAACAAUAUUGAUUUUGUGUUUA